CGUACCUAGUGAAGUGGAACUCGAAGUAGGUACAACUACCUAACUACUAGAAAAAGUAUGAGAAAGUUUUUGUAGUUUAAAGUUUAGUCUAAAUAAACAACACAUUUUGAAAAUGGGUAAAACGUCGAAGGAUAAAAGGGACAUAUACUAUAGGUUAGCUAAAGAAGAAGGUUGGCGUGCUAGAAGUGCAUUUAAACUAUUGCAAAUAAAUGAAGAGUACAACAUAUUUGAAGGCGUUUUGCGAGCUGUAGACCUUUGUGCAGCGCCAGGAAGUUGGAGUCAGGUACUAACCAAGAAAUUAAGAAAAAACACUACAGAUGACGAUAAGGUUAAGAUAGUGGCCGUCGAUUUACAGGCCAUGGCGGCUUUACCUGGGGUUAAACAAAUACAAGGAGACAUCACAAAGCUAUCUACAGCAAAUGAAAUCAUCAAAGAAUUUGAAGGACUAAAAGCUGAUUUAGUGGUAUGCGAUGGCGCUCCCGAUGUGACAGGGCUUCACGAUAUCGACGAAUAUGUGCAAUCUCAGCUUCUAUUGGCUGCCUUGAAUAUAACCACACAUGUGCUUAAAGUUGGUGGCGUAUUUGUAGCCAAAAUAUUCAGAGGAAAGGAUGUUACACUGUUAUAUUCACAGCUAAAACAAUUUUUUGAAUAUGUUACAGUCUCAAAGCCUAGAAGUUCGAGAAACUCUAGUAUAGAAGCUUUUGUGAUUUGCCAGAACUAUCAGCCACCAGAAGGAUACACACCAACUAUGGUUAACCCACUGUUAGACCACAAAUAUUGUGAUUUUAAUCAAUUUACUGGUCCAAAUAGGUUCAUUGUACCAUUUAAUGCAUGCGGUGAUUUAAGUGCAUAUGACUCUGAUACUUCAUAUCCUUUAUUGUUGGAAGGACAAACUAGCUAUGAAUAUAAAGAGCCUGUUCAGUCUCCUAUAAACCCCCCAUAUAAGGAAAUACUAGAGAAAACUAAGAACAUGCAAUUAAAUUAAAUGUAUGUUAUAUAUUUACCAAUUUUCAAUAAGUCAUAGGAGUAUGUACUUUAAUCAUAAUACAUUAAUAAACAAUAA